AUGAGCUUAAUGAUACCUGCUAGAAAUAGGAGUUUUAAUUCAGAAAAAUAUAGAAAAAAUUUAAUUGUAAAAAUUUUCAUUGAAAAAAUAUUUAAAAUUAAAAAUGAAAACAAAAUUUUUAAUUGUAUUCCUUUUUAUAAUUUUAUAUUUUAUAAAUAUUCUUUGUAUUUUUCUUUGGAAGAUUGCUUUAAAUUAUUUUUUUUGCAAAAUAUAGAUUUCUAUUUUAAUAAGAAACUUAUGUAUUAUAUAUGUACGGUAAUAAAUAAUUCAUCUAUUCUCAGAAUAUUAAGUUUUAAAAAUGAGUUUAUAAUAAACCAUGUAUAUAAUUGCAAUAUUUUAAAAUAUAAAUGUUAUUUUAUGAAUGAAUAUUAUAAUUUGAUAUAUAACAUUUUGCUAUUAUGCUCACUUAAUAUAUGUUCUCCUAAUUUUUUUAAAAAUAUGCAUGGGCAGCAAAAACAAAUGAAAUUAAAAAAUUUGCACAAUUUUUACAAUCAUAAUAAAUAUUUAAUAUUAUUUGAUAUGAAAAGUAAGAAUAAUAAAAUAAGAGAUGCUCAUUUAUUUAUUAAGUUAUAUAAAUGUUUUAGUUCUAAUAAUAUAUACCCAUUUGUAUUUUUAAAUCAAUAUUUCUACUAUAGUUUUUAUAUUUCUCCUUUUAAAAUAACAACAAGAAACAUUAUAUAUAACAAUCUUUUUAAUAGGAAAAAUUGUUUCUCUUUUAAUUUAGAGCUAUACAAAAACAUUACUUAUCUAAAAUUUCACGAAAUAAGCCAAAUAAUGUUUUACUUAUCAAAAAAUAAUUUAUUUUUUUAUUUUGAAUCUUUUUUAAAUACCUACUUUUAUAUUUUAGUUAUUUAUAUAUUUAGUUUGAUUUAUAAUAAAUUCAAUAAUAUAGUAACCUAUUUAAAUGUAGAAAAUGAUUUUCUAAGAAAAGAAAAAUAUAUAGAUAACCUGAUCAUGAGUUUUAUAAAUUAUUUAUCUUCCUCUUAUGUUGUAAAAAAUAUUUCAAAGAAAAUUCCUCAUAUCUUAUUGUGUAUUUAUAUUUCUUCUACACUAUUUUAUUUAUUAUAUAAGCAUCAAGUUAAUUAUUUUAAUCUAACAAACCUUAGUAAAAUAAAUAAUAAUAACAUCAAUUUUAUUUUAUUAUGUCAAAAAGAUAUUUAUUUAAGUAAUUUAUCAUUUAUGAAGAAAUGUAUUCUACUCUUAUAUAUUAUAAAUGAUUUGAUUCCUAAAAUAUAUGGUGAAGUAUUGUAUAAUAAGGAGACAUAUGGUAAACAAAUAAACAAAAUGAUGAAAGAAUUUGGAAAAAAUGUACUGCAAAAUCAAAAAAAAAGGAAUAAUUUUAAAAAUCAAUGCAAUGUAAAUAUUACAGGUCAAAGCAAAACAGAAGAGAACUAUUAUAUAGAUAAAAUAAAAAUUUCAGAAAAUUUUAUAAAUAAAAAUAUAAAAUUAUUUUUACAUGAAUUAUUUUCCAAAAAAAAUAUAUUUCAUUUUGUACAGCUUCCUUUUUUGAAAUUACUUUACUGUAAAAUAUUUAUUUAUUCUAUACAUAAUAAAAAUGAAGAUGUUAUGAAUAUGAAAAAAUCCGCUUUAGAAAAAGAAAUUUUUCGAGUAUUACAGCAAUAUAUAAAUAAAAAAAACUCAAAUUAUAUAUGCUUAAAUAGUAAUGCUAACAAUAAUGUAUUCUUUACUGUAGAUAUAGAAAUAUACAAAAAAAAGAAAUAA